AUGCAGCUUAAAAUAAUGCCGAAAAAGAAGCACCUCUCUGCAGGCAGAGUGCCCCUGGUUCUUUUCCUGUGCCAGAUGAUUGGUGCCCUGGAUGUGCCUCUUGAUCCAAAGCUUCUUGACGACUUGGUACAACCUCCAACCAUCACUCAACAGUCACCAAAGGACUACAUUAUUGACCCUCGGGAGAACAUUGUGAUCCAGUGUGAGGCUAAAGGGAAACCUCCUCCAAGCUUCUCCUGGACUCGCAAUGGAACUCAUUUUGACAUCGACAAAGACCCUCUGGUCACCAUGAAGCCUGGCUCAGGAACACUCGUCAUCAACAUCAUCACUGAGGGGAAAGCAGAGACCUAUGAAGGAGUCUACCAGUGCACAGCAAGGAACGAGCGUGGUGCUGCCAUCUCUAAUAACAUUGUCGUCCGCCCAUCCAGGUCGCCCUUGUGGACCAAAGAAAGACUUGAACCAAUCACACUUCGAAAUGGUCAGUCAUUGGUACUUCCCUGUAGACCUCCGAUUGGAUUACCACCAGCCAUAAUAUUUUGGAUGGAUAACUCCUUCCAAAGACUUCCACAGAGUGAGCGGGUUUCCCAAGGCCUGAAUGGAGACCUUUACUUCUCCAAUGUCCUCCCAGAAGACACCCGUGAAGACUAUAUCUGCUAUGCCAGAUUUAAUCACACUCAAACCAUACAACAGAAGCAGCCUAUUUCUCUGAAGGUGAUUUCAGUGGAUGAAUUGAAUGACACUAUAGCUGCUAAUUUGAGUGACACUGAGUUUUAUGGUGCUAAGCCUAGUAAAGAAAGGCCACCAACAUUUCUAACUCCAGAGGGCAAUGAAAGUCUCAAAGAGGAGCUGAGAGGAAAUGUGCUUUCACUGGAAUGCAUCGCCGAAGGCCUGCCUACGCCAAUCAUUUAUUGGAUCAAAGAAGAUGGAACACUUCCUGUCAACCGGACAUUCUAUCGGAACUUUAAGAAAACCUUGCAGAUCACUCAGGUUACAGAAGCAGAUUCUGGAAAUUACCAGUGCAUAGCGAAAAACCCAUUAGGAGCUGUGCAUCACACCAUCGCGGUCACAGUUAAAGCGGCUCCAUACUGGAUUGCAGCACCUCAAAACCUCGUCCUAUCCCCAGGAGAGAACGGCACCCUCAUCUGCAGAGCUAAUGGCAACCCCAAGCCCAGAAUUGCCUGGUUAACAAAUGGAGUCCCAAUAGAAAUUGCUCCCGAUGAUCCCAGCAGAAAAAUAGAUGGUGAUACCAUUAUUUUUUCAAAUGUUCAAGAAAGAUUGAGUGCGGUUUAUCAGUGCAAUGCCUCUAAUGAAUACGGAUAUUUGCUAGCAAAUGCAUUCGUAAAUGUGCUUGCUGAACCACCUCGAAUUCUCACAUCUGCAAACAUCCUGUACCAGGUCAUUGCAAACAGACCUGCUUUUUUAGACUGUGCCUUCUUUGGGUCUCCUCUGCCUGCCAUUGAGUGGUUUAAAGGAACCAAAGGAAGCGCUCUUCACGAGGACAUUUAUGUUUUACAUGAUAAUGGAACAUUAGAAAUUCCUGUGGCCCAAAAGGAUAGUACGGGGACGUAUACAUGCGUUGCAAGAAACAAAUUAGGGAUGGCAAAGAACGAAGUUCACUUGGAAAUCAAAGAUCCAACCAGGAUCAUUAAGCAACCCGAACAUGCAGUCGUGCAGAGGGGGAGCCGAGUGUCCUUUGAUUGCAAACUGAAACACGACCCUACCUUAGUCCCCACGGUCAUGUGGCUGAAGGACCAUGGAGAGCUGCCCAAUGAGGAAAGAUUCUCCAUAGACAAGGAUCAUCUGGUGGUAACUGAUGUCAGUGACGAUGAUGGCGGGACCUACACGUGUACGGCCAACACGACGCUGGACAGCGUUUCUGCCAGCGCUGUGCUCAGGGUUGUCGCUCCUACUCCAACUCCUGCCCCCAUUUACGAUGUACCGAAUCCUCCCUUUGAUUUAGAGUUGACCAAUCAACUUGACGACAGCGUUCAGCUGACGUGGACCCCAGGCGAUGACAACAAUAGCCCCAUUACAAAAUUCAUCAUUGAAUAUGAAGAUGCAAUGCAUGAAGCAGGGGUAUGGCACCACCAGGCGGAAGUUUCUGGAACACAGACCACAGCACAGCUGAAGCUGUCUCCAUACGUGAACUACUCCUUCCGAGUCAUGGCGGAGAACAACAUUGGAAGGAGUUUGCCCAGCGAGGCAUCGGAGCAGUACCUGACCAAGGCUGCCGAACCAGAUCAAAAUCCCACAGCUGUGGAAGGACUAGGAACAGAGCCCGACAAUUUGGUCAUUACAUGGAAGCCCUUGAACGGUUUUGAAUCGAAUGGGCCCGGCCUCCAGUACAAAGUGAGCUGGCGUCAGAAAGAUGGUGAUGACGAGUGGACCUCUGUGGUGGUGGCCAACGUAUCCAAAUACAUUGUCUCUGGCACGCCAACCUUUGUGCCAUACCUGAUCAAAGUUCAAUCCCUGAAUGACGUGGGGUUUGCUCCAGAGCCAGCUGUAGUCAUGGGCCAUUCUGGAGAAGAUCUUCCAAUGGUGGCUCCUGGGAAUGUGCGGGUCAAUGUGGUGAACAGUACCUUGGCAGAGGUACAUUGGGACCCAGUACCUCUGAAGAGUAUUCGAGGACACUUACAAGGCUACCGGAUCUACUACUGGAAGGUUCAGAGCUCGUCCAAAAGAAACAGACGCCACAUUGAGAAGAAGAUCCUCACCUUCCAGGGCAGCAAGACUCACGGCAUGCUGCCAGGGCUGCAACCGUACAGCCACUAUUUUCUCAAUGUCCGAGUGGUCAAUGGGAAAGGGGAGGGUCCAGCCAGCAGCGACAGAGGCUUCCAUACUCCAGAGGGAGUGCCCAGUGCUCCCUCCUCUCUGAAAAUUGUCAAUCCUACCCUGGACUCUCUCACUUUGGAAUGGGACCCACCAAGUCACCCCAAUGGCAUCCUGACUGAGUACACCUUAAAAUACCAGCCAAUUAACAGCACACAUGAACUCGGCCCCCUGGUAGACUUAAAAAUUCCUGCCAACAAGACACGCUGGACUUUAAAAAAUUUAAAUUUCAGCACUCGGUACAAGUUUUAUUUCUAUGCACAAACAUCAGUAGGAUCAGGCAGUCAGAUUACAGAGGAAGCAAUAACGACUGUGGACGAAGGUAAGAUGGCUGGUAUUCUUCUACCUGAUGUAGGUGCAGGCAAAGUUCGAGCAGGAAACCCCAGGAUCAGCAAUCUCACUGCUGCAGCCGCUGAGACGUAUGCCAAUAUCAGUUGGGAAUAUGAGGGACCAGAGCAUGUGAAGUUUUAUGUUGAAUAUGGUGUAGCAGGCAGCAAAGAAGAAUGGAGGAAGGAAGUUGUAAAUGGUUCUCGAAGCUUCUUUGGGUUAAAGGGUCUCAUGCCAGGAACAGCAUACAAAGUUCGAGUUGGUGCAGAGGGGGACUCUGGUUUUGUGAGUUCAGAGGAUGUGUUUGAGACAGGCCCAGCGAUGGCAAGCCGGCAAGUGGAUAUUGCGACCCAGGGCUGGUUCAUAGGUCUAAUGUGUGCCGUCGCCCUCCUCAUUUUAAUUUUGCUGAUCGUUUGCUUCGUCAGAAGAAACAAGGGUGGUAAAUAUCCAGUUAAAGAGAAGGAGGAUGCUCAUGCAGACCCUGAAAUCCAGCCCAUGAAGGAAGAUGAUGGAACAUUUGGAGAAUACAGUGAUGCCGAAGAUCACAAGCCUUUGAAAAAAGGAAGCCGAACACCUUCAGACAGGACUGUGGAAAAGGAGAACAGUGACGAUAGCCUGGUUGACUAUGGCGAGGGGGUGAACGGCCAGUUCAAUGAGGAUGGCUCCUUUAUUGGGCAAUACAGUGGUAAGAAAGAGAAAGAACCAGCCGAGGGCAAUGAGAGCUCAGAGGCCCCUUCACCUGUCAACGCCAUGAACUCCUUUGUUUAA